AUGGAAUUCCAAGGAAUCAGGCCUGACAUUGUUACUAUCAACAUCUUGAUCAACCGUUACUGCCACUUAAGUCAAAUGACUUUCGCCUUUUCCCUAUUCGGCAAGAUUCUUAAGAUGGGUUAUCAUCCAAAUAUCAUAACCUUGACUACACUUUUGAAAGCAUUAUGUCUUAAUGGUGACGUCCAAAAGGCAUUGCACUUUCAUGAAAACAUCGUCAACCCAGAUGUUUGUACCUUUAAUAUAUUUAUCGAUGAGUUUUGUUUGCAAGGAAAUAUGAAAGAAGCUAAAAACAUAUUAGGUGUGAUGAUGAUACAAGGUAUGAAACCUAAUGUUGUUACAUAUAGUGCUUUAAUGGAUGGGUACUGCCUAUUAAAUGGAGUGAACAAGGCCAAACAUACAUUUAACACUAUGGUUGCAGUGGGAGUGGCUAAAGAUGUUCACAAUUACAAUAUCGUGAUUAAUGGGUUUUGUAAGAGUAAAAUGAUGGAUGAGGCAUUGGAUCUUUUUGAAGAAAUGUAUUCCAAAAAUAUCAUCCCUACCAUAGUAACUUACAACACUGUUAUUGAUGGUUUGUGCAAGUCAGGAAGAAUUUCUUAUGCAUGGAAGCUUGUUCGUGAGAUGCGUGAUAUGGGUCAACCAGCCGAUGAAAUCACUUACAAUUCCUUCUUGCACACUUUUUGCAAAAAUCAUCAACUUGAUAAGGCAAUUGCAUUAGUCAAGGAAAUUCAUAACCAAGGCAUUCAGGUGGAUUUGUACACAUGUAGUAUGCUUAUUGAUGGUUUGUCUAAAGGGGGAAGACUUAAGGAUGCACAACAAAUUUUUAAGGAUCUUUUGAUUAAAGGAUACAAUGUAGAUGUUGUUACUUAUAAAUAUAUGAUCAGUGGUCUUUGUUAA